AUGCACUAUUCUAAAUCGUCAAGUAAUGUCAAUGUUGAUGUGCUGCUCUCGGAAUCCGCUCCUAUUCGUGCACUCGCUCGUGCAGUGAUACGAGGUGGAAAAACCGUACAGGACAAGCUCGGUCACACGGACGCUGCCUCGCGAAUAGAAAAGUUCAUGAAGCUUUACCAAGAAGAAUAUCAGAAAGCGCUGAAGAAGUAG